AUGGAUCGCCAAUGGCUCCAGGGCCAACAAAGGUCCUUCUUCGACAGAUACGGGGGCUUCGGUUCAAGCGUAGAUGACGUGAUGGUCAUUGAUGAUGACCAGGACGAAGGAACUGCCGAUUCCGAUGUGGAGGGAAAUAUCAACCCUGGCCAGUUCGAUCGCGAUCACCGCCCAUUCAUUGAGAGAUUCAAGAACUUGGGCCAAACCAGCCGUACACCUAUUGUCAUCGAUGACGAACAGAACGAAGAAGCAGAAGUCGAACUUACCGAAGAAAUCGCCGAGGUCAUCGAUUUGAGCGUGCCAUCUCCAUCUCUAACGCCUGACCUGCAGCAAGCACAGCGUAUCACACGAAACGCGCCGAUUGCAGCUGAUCUCAUCCGGCCGAGCUGCAAUCACAAUGGAAUGACCAUCGAGAAGAGGGAUACUGUAGAGUUUGACGGACUCGACGAAGCGAACCUCUUGGCCACAUUUCUGAAAGUCGACCUGGUUUGGAUGUCGGAUGGCCACACCAAGCUUAGAGGCAUACUCUACGCUCGCACACACAAUACCAAGGCCAAGCUUCCUUACAAGCGAAACGAGGUUGUUCAAGUACUGCACGUUGACGAGAAUGAUCGGCGCCCUUGGGACGAGCAGGCUGCAGUCGACAUCAUGGCAGAGACCGUUAUUGGCAAGCGAGACAUGCGAAGUACCAAUGCCUUGUUUUCACAACACGCCCUCAAGGCCUCCCAAUAUGCAUCCAAGCUCGAGGCUUACGAGAUUGGACCGCUGAUGAACAGAUGGAAGUUAGUAACCUUCUACAAGGACGCACUCCAAAGAAGGGCCGGCAAGCAACGUGGAGUGGCUAUAAUCCAUCUUCGAGCAGAAGAUGUCCCCGAGGCAUUUCGAGUGCCGGAUGACGUUGUAACCAAUAAUUCGAGAGGAGGUAUUGUUAGAGGCGGAUCCUACAACCCUGGCCAGCUUGACGGGGUUGUUUUCGACCUGGAAUCUGCCCUCCUAAACCCGAACAGUAACCAAAUUCGUCUCCCUCAGGGCCGUUUUCAACAAUACACCUACGCAGAUAUCUUCUGCGGAGCUGGAGGAACUUCGCGCGGUGCGAAGUCCGCCGGCUUUCGUCUUAAGAUGGCGUGCGAUAUUUGGGAAGCAGCUUGCCUUACGUACCAGCGCAGUUUUCCAGAGUGCGACAUCAGACAGCUAGAUGUUCAUCACUUGAUCCAGUACCUUUCGAACACCGAACAACGGCCCGACAACGACGACACGAACCUAGCCGCGUUGUUCUCGUGCUUCCAGAUCAUCAAGAAGCUGAAACCAAGGAUUGUGAUGCUCGAACAGACAUUCGGCAUCCUCCACCGCCGAUUUGAACACUACUUCAAUCUACUCAACAACUGCUUCACCAACAGCCAUUACUCCGUUUCGUACCGAGUUAUCCACAUGGAAACCUGGGGCGUGCCUCAGCCUCGCAAGCGACUCAUCAUCAUCGCGUCCGGCCCCGGCGAAAAGCUGCCCAGCUUCCCUCCCCCCAAGCCCGGAAGACCCACCGUCGCUAAAGCCCUCGCUACUAUCGGCCGCCGCGCAACGCUUCAUAACCCUGAGGAGCUCAAGCGAGGUGGACGCGCCAAAGGAACUUACCCCAAAGCCCCCUGGGACCCGGAGGAGCGAGCCUUCACGCUUCGCGAGUUCGCGGCGUUGCAGACUUUUCCGUCGCACCAUCGUUUCAAGGGCCAGGCCAUCAAGAAGCAAAUUGGGAAUGCUGUGCCCCCUGCCGCGGCGGAGUGGCUCUGUCGCUACAUUCUGCAGCACUUGUUGCGCGAUGACGGAAUGGAGGCUCGCGUCGAGGACGACGAUGUAGUGGUGCUGGACUAA